UUAUUCAUUAAUUUUUAUUUAUUAUUGAUUAUUCUUUCUCCUCUUCUCCUCCAUGUUCCAUAGAGCGUCCUUCUUCUGCUCCGCCUAUCCAAGAAUCCAACUUAACUGGCGAUUCAAGUCCGACAGUGGAGAGUGAUACUCAAUUCCCAAAACCGUUUGACAAUGGAAAUCUAAAUAUGACCCAUUACAAGGAGAACGAGAAGGAGGAGGAGGACAAGAAGAAGAAUAAGAGGAAAAAUAAGAAUGCCUGUGAAGACGUUACUAUGAUGUCUUCAUCAUCUUCUCCUUGUGCGCGUCUUCCAUCUAUGCAGAGAAGUAUUCGCCUGGCUUAUAAACGCAGGAACCCUAAGAUAGUGAUUGCUCAUGUCCGGCGUGGUGGCCGAUUCUGGCAUAGCGGUUUGGAGGCCAUUGCUCUUCCGCUUGGAAUGUCGUUUGCUGCUAUUGUUGCCCAGGUUCUGGAGAGAAAAAAUUUAGCAGGUGACAAGAUAUCUGUUGAUCAUCUUUCAAAGAUUUGUGCUUCAGCUGUCAGAGAAGCUUUAGCUAAUGUCUUUGGUGAUAAAUUUUAUUUUUUCGCAAGGAACUUUGAGAGAUCAUUUGGGAGUACAUUGAGGACCCUUAGAUUAAUUAAUGAAGCAGCCAGUAACAAGGAAGCAUAUAACUUGGGCCACCUGAAUGUAGAUAAUUGGGCGUCAGACUUGAAUCUUAAAAAUAGGGUUGGUUUUACAAGUGACUCUGGCAUCAGGGAAUGUCUCUCAGCAACUGAGUUGCCUUCUGUCUCUGUUCAUAAUCAAGUGCAUGUUGCUGAAGAAGUAGAAGAGAGUGUUCCUUUCUUGAACCAGGAACUUGCUUCAAAUGCACAAUUAAUCCAACUGGCUUGUGUUCCAAGCUCAUUAGGUUCUGUGAUCAAUCAUUGCAGCACUAUUGAGAAAUUUUUCAUGGAGAAAGCCCGUUCUAAUGACCUGAAGACAGUGGAGAUUGGUCUUACAAUGAAAAAAUUGAAGUUGAAAGAGGCACAGCUGGCUCUUAGCUUUGAUUCAAAUCAUCUUGAGAGAUCAAAAUUAGCAAUGGGCAGGUCAAAGGCAUCCUUUAAAGCUGAAAAAUUCAAGAACCAAGUGGAAGAUACAAAGCAUGCUGAACUGCUUAAGAACUGCAUAGACUGUCUUGUUGCUGGUUUGUUCAUCAUGUCUGCCUCCCUUUUAUAUGGUGCAUAUGUUUUUUCAUACCAAAGGAUCACUGAUGCUACUGCAUCCUGUAAUCCUUCAGUUGAGAUGAAUUUUCUUGGCUAUAUUUUUCCAGUUUUGUUCAAGUCAUUUAGGAUGCCUACAAACAUGUGUCGUUAAUCUGAUUCAGGAGUCCAAAUCAUGGUGGUUCCCAAGGCCAUUUUCGUCUUUCAACUCAGGGCUGCAUACACUCCAGUGUCAUGUUCAGGUUUUAAGCCGAAUGCUGUUUGGCAUGUUAAUAAUUCUGGCAGUUGCUUAUUUACUUCUUCAACGAACAGCAACCUCGCAUCAGACAAUGCCAGUAACAUUCAUCCUGUUGCUUUUAGGAGUUGUAUGUGGUUUUGCCGGCAAAUUUUGUGUGGACACAUUGGGAGGAAGUGGAUUGCAUUGGCUACUAUAUUGGGAGACUAUGUGCUUGCUGCAUUUCUUCUCAAAUGUCUUCAUAUCGACAUUGUUCUGUGUACUUCAUGGGUCUGUCACCGUCUCCCAAGGGGAAAAACCCAAUGCAACAUGUCCAUACUGGUUCCGACAAAUUCUUUUCUAUGCUGUUGUGCUCUUGUUUCUGCCAUUAUGCUGUGGUCUUUUGCCUUUUGCCAGUCCUGGUGAAUGGAAAGAUCAUUUCUUGAUACUUGCCACCGACUUUCUAUUUACUGCAGAUGAUUGAAUCAAGAGUUUGCAAACCCAAAAGCUGUCUUACCGCAUCUGGUUUCUUCUGACUUUGGUAUGUGAUUUAUCUGUAUUGUAUUCUGAGCUGUCUAGUGUUGCCCUCGAUAGUUAUAUAGCAGCUGGUUUUGUUAAAUCAGCUGCUAUGUUGUAUCAUGAUGGUAGCAUUUAAUUUCUUGCGCAAAGCUAGGUAUUUGUUUUUAAUAGGAUAUGCCCUUGUAAUAUGCCUCCAGCCUGUGUGGCCUUGUGGGGCACUCUCCCACCAAAAUGCUAACUUUUAGAAGCAGAACAUGCUAAAUAAUAUUGUGAAUUUUUACUUUGAAAUGAAUGAGGGAAAAUUUAAUUGCUGCUUUAGAA